AUGCAAUUAUCCUACAUUCUCGCCCUUUGUACAUUUUCUGCUAUUGCCAAGACCACAACAUUGGCACCUUCGGAAUCAUCUUCGUCCCCCGAAUACAGCUGGGAUAAACCUGCAUCCUUGCAAGCUACUACUGAUGAUGAAGGUCGUCAGGUUACCAAGACUCUAUGGUGGCUGCCGCCCAGCUCUUCUGCCGUUUCUCAUUCUGAAACAUCCGCCUAUCCAGCUAGCAGCAGUAAAGGCGGUGAGAGCACAAGUAGAUCUCAGGACGGUCCUGCCACAAUCCUAACGUCAUCAAAUUCACAGGGUGAAUACACCUCUACUAUCUGGUGGUUACCUUCAACCUCAUCGCAGCAGGAUUCCACUUCGAGUAUUGCAAGAACCACCAUAAUCUCUAAGAAACACGGCGAAAAAAGUACAUCUACAAUAUCAAAUUCACCACUAUCGUCAUCGUCAUCAUCUCUAUCUAGUCUUCUGACGUCCGCUAAUAUAAAGAGCAGAAACCUAGGAAGCGAUAACUCUACUAUCCAAGUACAUUCUAAUGCAGGCGGCAAGAUAGUGGACAUGUCCUACGGUAUUGGUGCUAUUGCACUAGCACUUAUGCUGAUCUGA